AUGGCAGCCAUCUACAAGGGCACCGUGAAUGACCCGACGACCUACCCCCCACCAUCCAAGACCCACGGCUCAUACCACUGGGCAUUCGAACGGCUCCUCAGCGCCGGACUUGUACCAUUGACCGCCGCCGCAUUCAUCACUUCCGGCUCCGCAUAUCCUGUUCUCGACGGAAUCUUGGGUGUUAGUUUGGUCAUGCAUUCUCACAUCGGUUUCGACUCCAUCGUUGUUGAUUACCUCCAUGACCGCAAAUUCCCAUGGGUCGGACCUCUGGCAAGAUGGUCACUCCGGGCAGCCACCGUUGCAACCCUUGUCGGUGUUUAUCAAUUCAACACCAACGACGUCGGAUUGACCGAGCUUAUCCGCAGGGUCUGGACUGCUUAG